AAAAUGCAUCAAAAGUGGCAAAAUUCUCCAAUUACAUGCGCGCUGCCUUUGAAACAAAGCGUGAUCCUGAAAUCUUGGUCCUUGCUAGUAAAGUUCUUGGUCACCUAGCUAGAUCGGGUGGUGCAAUGACUGCAGAUGAAGUGGAACGUCAGGUUAAAGUUGCACUAGAAUGGCUUCGUGGUGAAAGAAUUGAGUAUCGUCGCUUUGCUGCAGUCUUAAUAUUAAAGGAAAUGGCAGAAAAUGCUUCAACCGUCUUCAAUGUUCACGUGCCGGAGUUUGUGGAUGCUAUUUGGGUUGCUCUGAGGGAUCCAACGUUGGCUGUUCGAGAAAAAGCUGUUGAGGCAUUGCGUGCGUGCCUUCGUGUUAUUGAAAAGCGUGAGACAAGGUGGCGUGUUCAGUGGUAUUAUCGAAUGUUUGAGGCUACCCAAGAUGGAUUGGGGAGAAAUGCGCCUGUUCACAGUAUACAUGGAUCCCUUCUCGCAGUCGGGGAGCUGCUAAG